UUGCACUUCAUUAAUAUUUUAGUCAAAAUUAGCAUUAAUUUUCAAAAUAGUAAACUAAUAUAUUGUUUUAUAAACGAAUUUACACGAGCUAGACCGAAAAAGAAUUAGUAAUUAAUAAUACCACAAAUAGAAGGAAGAGGUGACGGGGAAGAUCAGUGUGGGUGACUCAGCUCCAUAGUUUAUACAUGCGUAUGCCACACCUUUGUCAAAACAUCGAAAAUAAUUAAAUAAAUAAGAAAGAAAAAAUAAAAUGCAAAAGACAACACAGUCACGCAAUUUUCUUUUGGAUUUCUUUUCGUUGCGUUUCGUUUCUCGAAAUCCUUCCUUUGUUUCUGGUUUUCUCUGGUUUUGGAACAUUUUCUCUGGGCCUCUUUCGUUAGGGCAAAACCAUGAACAUCUUCAGGCUCGCCGGUGACAUGACCCAUCUUCUCAGCAUUCUCGUCCUCCUCCUCAAAAUCUACGCCACUAAAUCAUGCUCAGGGAUUUCCCGCAAGACACAAGAACUGUACGCUAUUGUGUUCAUGGCUCGUUAUUUGGAUCUGUUCACGGACUUCAUCUCCGUUUACAACAUCUUGAUGAAGUUGAUUUUCAUUGCCAGCUCCUUAGCCAUUGUUUGGUGCAUGCGUUUCCACCCCGUGGUCCGGAGAAGUUACGAUAGGGAACUCGACACUUUUCGGUAUUUUUUUCUUGUUGGGGCCAGCUUUGCCUUGGCACUCGUCUGGCACGACAAGUUCACCCUUCAAGAGGUUUUCUGGGCAUUUUCAAUAUACUUGGAAGCAGUUGCAAUAUUGCCCCAGUUGGUUUUGUUGCAAAGAAGUGGAAAUGUGGACAAUUUGACCGGGCAAUAUGUAUUCUUUCUUGGUGCGUAUCGUGCAUUUUACAUCCUGAACUGGAUAUACCGCUAUCUGACCGAGCCACGAUUUACUAGAUGGAUUGCUGGCAUAUCGGGUGUUGUUCAGACAGCUUUAUAUGCAGAUUUCUUCUAUUAUUACUUCAUCAGUUGGAAGAACAAUUCGAAACUGAAGUUGCCUGCCUGAAUUAUGUCAAGUUUGUUUUGGAAUUUGGACCCGGUGAGGUGAGACCAGUCAGUGCUAAAUUUUAGAGCAUGGUUUGGAUGAUGUUGAGGUUGAGAAACGGUAUAGACCAACUCUUUCCCUGUUCUUUAGUGGGGUAAGUGGGUUUUGUUUUUCUGGUACAAGGGUAAACGAACGGGUUUUAACUUGUGAUAAAUCUAACCAUCGAAGCAAUUCAAGUAUAGGUUAAAAUGGAAAUGUUAUGUGGCCAUGUUUUGUAUA